AUGAAUUUUUUGAAACUGACUAGAGUAAAUUUAUCUAGAUUGUAUAAUAGUAGAUUUAAAACAAAAAUUGGAUUUUUUAGUCCAAGUAAAACGUUCAACGAGACCAGAACAGACUAUUCAAAGCUUACCAUACAAAAUCACAUAGAUGCCAGUGGAAAACUUUCCAAAUCAAAUGUGAUGAACUAUGGAAUCUUCGUUCCAAACGAAGGUGUGAAACUCGAUGUAUUGCACCAAUCACUAUCGCAUAUAUUCAACAAGUGGCCGAAUUAUAAGGUGUGUAUAUAUGCAAACGGAUAUAGAGCAAAUCAAGUCCUAAAAUCGUCGAAAAUAAAGGGUGGUAAAAUAUUGCUGUUAUCGGACGGAAUGGUCACGAAGAUUCCAAACAUUGAUCUGAUAGUACACUAUGAUCUGCCAAACACACUGGAGAUUUUUGUGAAGAGGCUGGUCGCGAGGAAGGUAAACUUGUUUUUUUACGGAAACACCGGAAAGUUGUACAUGGCACAACUGCAAAACUAUUUUAACGUGGUGGUCCACGAAUGGCAGAUGCCUUCAAACCAGAGUGUCGUCGACGCAUUCCUGAAUCAAAUAGAGGAACAUUUGAAGAGUAAAUUGGAGGAAUCGGUAGAAAAGAGAGAAAGUAGCUUGGAUAAAAAGUGCAACGUUAAGCAUUAUGACCAAAGGAUUAUUGACACAUUGACAAGGAAAGAAGGAAAUGAGUUGGUAAAUAAAUCUGAUGAAAAAAGUGUGCUGGCGUCACUACUCUACAUGAUACACUAUAAGCACAAGAGUGUGAAGAAGAAGCAGUAUUUGGUGUACGACCCGAAGUUCAAGGUCUUUAAAUCCAGAGAAUCGGUGAUGAAGUACCUGAACGAAAACGGAGUAGUGUAUAACUCAGUGAACAUAUGUAAAAACGGAUACGUAAUAGAGUCGUUGAACGAAGUGUCGCUAUCGGGACUUACACCAGUGGUCAAGUACAAAAAGUUCACGUCGCACAUGAACAAAGUUAAGAGACUAAUUAAGAGGUCAUACCUGUCAUCGCCAAUAACAAGAAGGAAAUACUUUAAGAAGUUGGUGAAGGAACAUGAGCGUAAAAUAAUAAAUAAGCUUAAGUCGAUAUGA